GGGAGGUCAUUUUCACGAUCCAGGUCGCGAUCAGAUUCCCAUUCAAGGCAUUCAAGGUCAAGACGGUCUCGUACACCACGUCGAGGAUAUGAUAACGGUUCAAGAUCUAUACGACGCGAAGAACCUGAACCGUCGCGUUGUUUAGGCGUUUUUGGUCUUUCACUAUACACUACUGAACGUGACCUUAAGGAAAUUUUCGAGAAAUAUGGCGAAUUAGAAAAAGCUCAACUAGUAUUUGAUCAUCCAUCUCGGCGAUCGCGUGGAUUCGGUUUUGUAUAUUUCAAAAAUUUAGAAGAUGCAAUUUAUGCUAAAGAGCGAAUUGUUGGCACUGAAAUUGAUGGUCAUCGUGUGCGUGUUGAUUUUUCGCUAACUAAACGCGCGCAUACACCAACUCCAGGCAUAUAUAUGGGUUCAGUUGAUGGUAGACGUCGUGCGUAUCGAAGUGCAUAUUGGCGCUACUAUGGAUAUGAUGGGGAUAGAUAUUCGCCUGUCUAUCGUGGACGUUAUGAUUAUCGUAGAAGAAGCCCCUCGCCGAGAUACUAUGAUUAUCGUCGUAGACAUCGGUCGCGCUCUUAUGACAGAGAUCGUUAUUAA